AUGCAGGGCGGGCCGCACCCCCACACCGGUGCGACGGACGGCGCCGCGGGGACGUCGCUCGCCCCGCUGGCGGCACGCAGCGCGGAGAAAAGGGCGCCCGACGCCGCCUGCGUGGGGCCGCGGGGCGAGAAAAUAGAGCCGCACCCGAGCGGCGGCGGCGGCCACCAAGAGCCACGCGCGGCGGCAAACACGGGCCCGCGCGCAGCUUUUCCCGCGAGCAGCCGUAGAGCCCCUUCGGCCCUUUCAACGGCUGCUGUGGCUGCUGUGGCUGCUGCUGCUGCUGCGGCGGCGGCGGCGGGGGAGCGAGGUGCGGCCCCUGCACCCCUGCAAGGCAGCGUCACUCCGGCGCGGAGCUCGUCGCGGUUCUCCGAGACCAGUCGGUUCCACGACUCGUGGUUUCAGACACCGCGCUCCGCCCAGUCGCUGGACCAACUCGACAUGCUGCUGGAGGUGGAGGAGGCGGACACGCCGAGUCGCAUGUUCAGGGCCUUCCGGCGGCUGUGCGAAGAGCAGGAGUCCCGCGGGCGCGCCGACAUCGUCCUCGAGCAGGUGCUGCUGGUGCGCUGCAUUCUCGACGCGGAGUUCGACGAGCGGCUGAGGCGCCUCCCCGCGUCCGAGGCCAACCUUCUGCGGCUCGAGCGGGAGGCCGUGGAGGCGGUGCAGCGCCUCGUGGAGGAGCGCGUCUGGGGCCUCCAGCGUGUGGUUCGGCGCUCCAUCUGCGCCCCAGCCGCGGCGGAGCGCCGCCUCUCCUCCCCGUCGGGCAGGGCGUCCGUCGCCAGCGACGCCUCGGGGGCGUGUUUGGGGCUGCCGAGGGAAUCACUGAGGCCGUCCCGGGGGGCGUCGCUGGCGGCGGCGAGUCUCAACGCAGCAAGGGCCGAGCGGGACUACGCCGUGCCUUGCGCCUCUGCUGGUGGGGAGGCGUGGCUCAACGCGUCGGGGCGCGUGGGCCGGCUGGGCGAGAAUGGAAGGAGCGGCACCCCCGCAUCGCGCUUCAUGCCUGCACGCGGGCCGUCUCUGUGGGGGUCGACGCCGCUGUCCAUGGAACCACGGUGUGAGGCGCACCAUCCCCUGCCGCCGGAGCGACUGGGCAAAACAAAAAGCGCAGUGCAGUGCGCAGGGUUUGCAGAUUUCACGCCGUUCCUGUUAUUUGUGCCGGUUGGGGUAGGCGUGCGCUGCCUGCGUGCGCUGCAGCAACUGCCUGGUGCAGCGAAGUUGGUGGUGUGCUUCACUGUGGGCGGCGCAAGGCGUACUGUGGAGGGUUUUACUCGUCUCGUGCACCGCAUUCAUUCCCUCCAGCUGACAAACCUGAGCUUUCUAUUUGUCGUGGGUGCAACAGUGCGCUGCUGCCGGGGUGCCUGCCGGGUUGCUGUGUUUCAGCUUUGCCUGACACUUGGCGGCGCCUGGCGCGCCGUGGCUGCAAGUCAGUCGGCGGCCGCACAUGCCAUGAUUGCCGCCCGGGCCGCCAUUUCCGACGCCCUGGCCGCGGCCGUUGGAUGGGGUUACGAGGGUCUCGUGUUGCUUCCGCUUGGAUGUGGCGUGAAGCUGACGGGCGCCGCGGCCAAAGGCGUCCGGCGCGUGGCCGCUACGGCGCCAAGCACCAUCUCGCUUCCUCGCCGCUGUGGCAUGUACAGUGUUUGCCUCGCGCUUGGCAUCGGUGCCAAGGCGACUGCGCGGAUCUCGGCACUCGUGCCGGCCAGUGUGUGCGACCGCAUGAAAUGUGUGUAG